AAACAAAAUGAGAUGUCACAUUAUUUGGUGCCAGAAUGUGGGGCCCGACGCGACAACGACUGCAGAGUGCGGGUCGAUGCUCUGCAACUACGAGACACAUGAACACAUCUGCAGAGGGAGCGACACAACGCGUUGGAGGACUGAACCAGAGCAGAACAUUGGUCGAGACAGUGACAUCAGCUGCCGACAGUGACGUGAGCGAGACUACAACAGCGCACAAGCAGAUGAUAAAUAGUAAUCACUACUCAAACAUACUCAACAGAGGUGAUGCAGACUAUGUCAGGAUAGAUUGUGCUGAGGUGUUGUACCGUCUACCGGGAGUGCAGCCACUGGACAACGAGAGUAACCAGACAACCAUGCAUAAUCAGAUUGCACUCACUGCCAUAUAUGAUCUGAUGCUGUUGCGGCUUCACCAUGGCCGAUAG